CGAAGAAAGGCCCCAGAUCCGAGCCUCACUGGAGCCGUGGCUUUGCUGGGGAAGUCACAGGAAGCAGAUCCGAAGGCGCCACUGUUAUCAGUUGGCUCCAAGAACCGUGUGGGAGAAAGAGGCUGAUUCCCAAAACGGUUGAGAAAAUUGAGGCAGGCAGAAGUAAAGUGACUUGCCAGGGUUACACAGCUAGUAAGUAUCUAACCUGGGAUUUGAAUUGUGGUCCUGCUGAUUCCAGACCCUGGGCUCUCUAUCAACUCAAUUGCCUCUGAGUAGUCAUAGGGUUUUCUAGUAGCAGUCAUGAUGUUAAUAUGACUACUGUUCCCAGAAAUGUAAAAGAGGGAAGACAGUAGCUAAAGGUCACUCACUGCUCCUUUUGGAAGCAGGGCAGGUUGCAAGAUAUGGGACCCUGUUUUACUGAUGGAUGAAUCAGUCUCGUGAAUUCCCUAUAAAGUCUAUAGUGAGUUAGCCAUGACUAAGAGAGAAGCAGAGGAACUGAUAGAAAUUGAGAUUGAUGGAACAGAAAAACAAGAAUGCACAGAAGAAAGCAUUGUAGAGCAGACCUACACUCCUGCAGAAUGUGUGAGUCAGGCCAUAGACAUCAAUGAACCAAUAGGGAAUCUUAAGAAACUACUGGAACCAAGACUUCAGUGUUCAUUGGAUGCACAUGAAAUUUGCCUGCAAGAUAUUCAGCUGGAUCCAGACCGAAGUUUAUUUGACCAAGGAGUAAAGACUGAUGGAACUGUUCAGCUUAGUGUACAAGUCAUCUCUUAUCAAGGUAUAGAGCCCAAGUUAAAUAUCCUUGAAAUUGUUAAACCUGCUGAAACUGUCGAAGUUGUUAUUGACCCAGACGUUCACCACGCUGAAGCCGAAGCACAUCUUGUGGAAGAAGCUCAAGUAAUAACUCUUGAUGGCACUAAGCAUAUUGCAACAAUUUCGGACGAAACCUCAGAACAGGUGACAAGAUGGGCUGCUGCACUCGAAGGCUACAGAAAAGAACAAGAACGCCUUGGGAUACCCUAUGAUCCCAUACAGUGGUCAACAGACCAAGUCCUCCAUUGGGUGGUUUGGGUAAUGAAGGAAUUCAGUAUGACUGAUAUAGACCUACCCACACUCAGCAUUUCAGGAAGAGAAUUAUGUAGUCUUAACCAAGAAGAUUUUUUCCAGAGAGUCCCACGAGGAGAAAUUCUGUGGAGUCAUUUGGAGCUCCUUCGAAAAUAUGUAUUGGCUAGCCAAGAACAACAUAUGGGUGAAAUAGCAACAGUUACUAUUGAUCAACCUGUUCAGAUUAUACCAGCAUCAGUACAGCCCAACACACCAACCACCAUUAAAGUUAUAAACAGUAGUGCAAAGACAGCUAAAGUACAAAGAGCACCACGAAUUUCUGGAGAGGAUAGAAGUUCACCUGGAAACAGAACUGGAAAUAAUGGGCAGAUUCAACUAUGGCAGUUUUUAUUGGAACUUCUAACGGAUAAAGAUGCUCGAGACUGCAUUUCCUGGGUUGGAGAUGAAGGAGAGUUUAAGCUAAAUCAGCCUGAAUUGGUGGCACAAAAAUGGGGACAGCGCAAAAAUAAACCUACCAUGAACUAUGAGAAGCUUAGUCGGGCUUUAAGGUAUUACUACGAUGGAGACAUGAUCUGUAAAGUGCAAGGCAAAAGAUUUGUGUACAAGUUUGUCUGUGAUCUGAAGACUCUUAUUGGAUACAGUGCAGCAGAGUUGAACCGCUUGGUGACGGAGUGCGAACAAAAGAAACUUGCCAAGAUGCAGCUCCACGGUAUUGCCCAGCCGGUCACAGCAGUGGCCUUGGCUACUGCUUCUCUGCAAACAGAAAAGGACAAUUGAGGCCGGACCCGAGAAGCCCGAGGCCUUUUUGGAUAGCUAAAGAAAGCAUUGCUCUUUGUAACAGAAUCUGAAGCUUCUUUUAUUCGUAGACAAUACAAUCUGAUGCAUGAUUUUUUUACAGAGAUUUCAGACUAUUGUGAAUUUGGAUCUUUUUACUUUGAGCAUAUAUUUCAUUGUAUGCAUCUGUAUGUGUUAAGGGGUUAACACAGUGUCUUCAGUGUGAAGGCUGUCCCGCUGUGGUUGGUAGUUGGAUAUCUGUCAGGAAAGUCGAAUCUGGUCAGUAUUAAUUAAUUCCAAAAAAUUCGUAGUAGCAUCUACAGAAGAACAACUAAAUGAAGAAUCUACAGGAAACGGUCUAUGUUAUGCUUUGAUGCUUGAGAAAGGGGACUGUUUCCCCUCUCUGCUGUCUUAGAUGUUACUUCAAUUAAAACUACAGAAUGGAAUUUCCACCACUAGUGCAUGUAUGCCUGUUAGUUUCAUCUAAUCAAACCACUGAAAUGAGAGAUGUUAUAAAGAAGUUGAAUAAAUUACUAAACUUGCGGUAUCAAGUCCUUAUGGCAGUUUUUGUAUUUGCAAGGAAAGUACAGAAAGAAGGUGACUAGCAGAAGAUCAGUGCUGAAGAAAGAGAUCCAGGUUUAAAUCUGGCUUAAGUCAAGCCAACUCUAUGGGUUCAUUGUAUUAUGUGUAGAAUAAAAUACAUACAUGAGACCAAGAAUUUUAAAUUAUUUUGAGAGAUGUAAAUUCUAAUAGACCAGCUAUUAACCGAAAUCUUUAUGAUCUGUUUUUCCUGUCAGAAGUUUAAAAGCCUAAAAAAGGUAUACCUCAACCAGAAAAUAGUUUUGUGUUUUAUUACCCUACGGUGCUGGUUUUAUUAAGCAGGGCAGCUUAUGUACUCAUUAUGCUUUUUUACCUGGAUGAAAUGAAGACUUCAAAUCAGUCAAUAGUUCCUACCAUACAGGAAAAUAACAUUUUACUUGCACAUAUACUUAAGAGAAGUUAGGAAUUUCGCUUCUAGUCUUUUGGACAGUCUAAUAUAUUUAAAAAUGGAACUAGGCUUUCAUUUAUGCUUCCUUUUCAAUAUCUUAAGAUAUUCUCCUCAUACUCUUUCCUCCAUGUAAAUAGCUAUUUUCCUUCCAUCAAUUAACUUGGACAGAAAUCUCAUUAUACCUUUUCUUUAAAACAUUCCUUAAAUCCAGAAUUGAGAAAUUGAUAAAUAUGUCUUCAGCCCUCCAUGAUAGAAAGUUGACAUCCCAGACAUGAUUUUUGAUACGUCACAUCACUCUUAACCCUACUUCUAUCCCUUCCCACAGCAGUAGCUUCAUAACAAAGAUCACUAAAUGUUAUUGACCAUUAAUUGGGUAGAAGAGAUCAACAUUCAUAGGGAAGGUCAAUUUCUUAACAGUUGAUCCUGGAAACAGGGAAGAAAUAUCUUAAAGAUUUCUACCUUCUUCCUUAAUAGUUUCUACUCCCAAGUUAAAAAAUGCUUUACUCUAAUAAUUUAGCUUUUUUAAAAAAUCUUACUAUCUUUUUUAAUGCCUACAACACUUUAUGUAGCCGAAGUAUAAGAACAAUAAAACUCUUUAAUUUCUAUUUUACAUGUCAGUUUGUUAAUCCAGGUGGCAUAGUGACAUUUGCCAUUUAAGUUAUAUAGUUAUAAGGCUUUUCUCUCAAAGAUUAUAAAAGGAGUAGUAUGCAAUUAUAAGUAACAGCAAUAGCUUCCAUUUUUAACCAGUAAAAGUUCAAAGACAGUAGUACUCCCCCUUUUUCACGAGAAGAAAAAAAUGACAAGUUACUUGUGGUUUUUCUAGUUGGUAAAGUAUUCUCUGGGAAAAGGGAGCAUCUUUUUCCUUGCCUGGAUCCCAUCCCUAACUAAAAUACAUGCGUUUUUGGCUUGGGGGAAAGGCCUGGGAGCCACAUUACUGUUGUCUGAUUGCCCACUAUUUUUUUUUCUCAUGAGUAUUCUCAUUCCCAGAAGUACUUUUUUUCCGUAUAAUUGUAUCAAUUUUCUCCAUUGGUAGCCACCUUAAUUUGCCUUAUUCACCAAUGAUAGCAGACACAUAGGCCAAAAAACUUGUAAGCUCAUUUGCUCCUCAGCUUUUCUGAAAGCACAUGUUUUUGAAGCUAAUGAACAAAGGCUUAUUCUGCAGUUUUGUUUUCAAAUGCCCCUCCACAGGUAGCCAUUUACAUACUUCGGCUAACUUGACUGGACCUAGCAAAGAUCUGGAAAAUCAUGUGUUAGCCUGCUUAAUUAGAGGUGGGCUGCCCUAAAGAGAGAUGCGUUCCUGUCCUUAAACUCCACGCUCCAAUUAAACAUGUUUUACCAAACCAGCUUUAUCUCACUAAAUUGGAAAGACUUCAGACACAUACUUGCUUUUGUGGCCUAAGCAAUUAUCUGAAACUCCUCCAUUCUUGAAUACGUACAAUAUUUCUUCGAAGGUUUAUGUCACUCAUUUAUUUUUGGUAAGGUCUGCUGUUUUUCUACAUUUGUGACUUACGCACUCCUCCCCUUUAAAAAGGGCUAGUGCAACUUUAAAAAUAGCACAAAACUUUUCAAAUUUGUCAUGCUUGCAAAUCUUUGAUUAGCUGGGUCAUCAGACCUACAGGGUACACAUAUAUUGAGAUGUCAAUGAUACUGUUCUGUUGCUACCAGGAAAAAAAUACCAAUCUUUUGUAAAGGGAAGCAGGAUUUUUUGAAUAUGUUUUUACUCUUUAAAUAAAGACACUUAAUACUGUCAUAGUAACAAUUAUGUAUUCGUGUUUUUUUAGUAAUUUUAAAUAAAACUAUUCUUUUCUAUUUUUACUCAAAAUAUAAAAAUAUUUGUGCAUAAAAUGUCAAAAUCAUAAAAUAAGAAUAAAACUGUUGAACAAUAAA